AUGCCUCGGGCUCUAUCGGGCUCCAGCAAGGGCAAGAACAAGGCUUCCCAGCCCAUCAGUGACAAGGUCAAGUGCCCAAACUGCCCUCGAUUCAUCCAGCCCAACGGUCUCAAUAGUCACCUGAGGGCAUGCAAGCGCAAUACCGUUGAAGCUCAAGCUUGCAACACUGUGAAUGACCAGAUUGCAGCGGCUCAGCAACAAGCUUGUAUUGCCCAACUUAGAGAGGACCGGCAUGUUGCUGCGUCUAUAUCUGCAGCCGGCCCAUUCGGACAAGCAGGCGUGUCAUCUCAUCAAACCGCUGCUGCCAUCUCUGCACCUGUCUGGUUCAAUCGGGCGGGGAUACUGCAGCAUCCAUCCAUCUUGUCUGUACUCGAACAUGGCAUACACAGUUGGGAUUCGAAUCCCAUCCAGUCAGCAGAGGAGCCGUAUGAUAGCGUGCAGGAGGGCGUUGACCAUGAAAUGGAAGGAGCACAAUCUUACUUCAGCAUUCAGAGUGUUGAUUUCACCGCAACCGCGCUUCCCUCUACACUGUCAAUGUUGACAGCUCAGGACUUCAAGACCAUGUAUCACCCUAAGAGCAGCCGACCGGAGAAACUUGAGCCAUGGGACAAGUUUCGCAAUCUGUCACAUGUGCCUCCAAUUGUUCUCAACACCGACGAGGACCCUUGGCAGCCCUUUAAGUCUUGCGGCGAUUGUGAAUUCACCUCAAUCGCAAUCGACGCUGAGCUCACGCAGACCUGCGUUGAUUGUCUCCUCAAGCUUGUUAGGGGUGUAGCUGCAGGCAAUUCGGAAGUCACCUUUCAUAAUGAUGCAGACUUGCGCUCAACAUGCGACAAGGCCGCUGAGGAGCUCACACCUGUUGAGACCCACGAGGUUGCAUUUGAGUACAAGGCUGAAGAGAUACCCGCAAAAGUCCACACACGAGAUCUAUGGGGCUGGAUGAAGGAGCUUUUGGAUAACAAGACCCUGGCUCCGCAUUUCGAAUGGGACGCUCAGUGUGUGUACAAGCGCGAUGCCAAUGACGAGUUUGAUGGAAUGGAUAUUAUGGUUGAUUACGAGAGUAGGAAAACGGCCGCCGAAGAGGACCUCAAAGUGCUUGGACUGAGACCGGUUGAGAACAUCUUCUGGAAGCUGGUGCAUGGAUCAGGUCCCCACAAUGCACUUUCAUUUGACCGCCUCCACUUCAACCAUGGUGGAGUAUUUGGAUGGCAUAUUCUUCCCGAGCUCCAGAAAAUCUUGAGGCAUGUCAGUAAGCAGCAGAAACAACCAGAUAUCUUAUCACAGUUUGACUGGCAGUUUGAUGGUAUGCCACACUGGCAAAACCUCAAUCACUUCAGCCACGCCGUCAACACUUUGUUUAGUGAUGGCAAUAAAUUUCAUGAUAUGUCAAAGCAAAUUCUUUAUGCAGCUCAAACAAGCUAUGUUGAGUUUGACACGUGGGUCGGGCUCGACAUUCACACUGAAGCCACACUUAAAGCUGGCGAGGUAGAGCUUAUUCAAUUUAACCUACUAUUAGAUCAAUACAUGACUAUUGCUGCUGAGUCCGGGGUCCCCGAUAUCAAGACCGACUGGGAUUUCCCAAAAGUGCACUACUUCAAGCACGCUGUUGAGGAUAUUUGCAAUAAGGGGGCAAGUUGA